AUGGGAGCAGCGCCUUCAGAUCAUCAACAUGAUUCUGUAAUGAUACAUAAUGCUCAACAUGCAAAGAAUUUUGCAAGAGAUCAUGGUAACAACAAGAAACAUUACGAAGCGAGCAUUGAACAAAUGGGCAAGCUGUUGAAUUUUCAAAAGAACCCAAUCAAGCCGAAUUUAGGCGACCAAAAUGAUAUAAAACAUAUCGAAAUCGAUGGUGUACAUUAUGAAAUAACACAAUUCAUUAAUCGAGGUGGUUUUGGACAGGUUUACAAAGCACAAGAUCGAAAACGUAAUCGUGUAGUGGCUGUAAAAAUUAUGAAGAAUACUGCUGGCGUUCAAGAAGAAAUCCAAAGUGAAAUUCACUUUCUACGCUUAAUUAAAAGCAUUGCCAUUGAUAGUCAUCCUGUCAUUGACUAUUAUGGUUGUAAAUUUACGAAAGAGAGUAUUUUUAUUGCGAUGGAAUUAGCGGCAACUGAUCUGUUAACCUUUUGGUUUAAUAAUGCUGCUCACAGAGAACCACAACAAAAAUUUAUGUUUGGUAUUGUCAUUAUUGUUCACGUCCUUCGCGCAUUGAUCUUUCUCGAGAAACUCAAUAUUAUUCACGGUGAUAUUAAACCACAAAAUCUGGUCAUUGUUCAAAGUCCGCGUCAACAUUUCCAUGUCAAGCUAAUUGAUUUUGGUACGGUAGAAAAAAUGAAUACUAGAUGUGCACUGAUCACUGUCGACGCUAAUAAAGCUUAUACAGUUUAUUUUGCUUCACCAGAAUUUCUACGUCGUGAUUCGAACAAUGUUAUGGCUCGACAUUUGCAUAAAAAAUCCGAUGCAUGGGCAGCCGGUGUCAUGUUCUAUGUCUUGUUUUUCGAGAGAUUUCCAUGGAAGAACGAAUUCGAAUAUGAAAAUUUCUGUAAUAGUCCACAUGCAAGAGAUAUUAUUGUCCCACGUGAAGGUGGCUACAAGGCAAUUAUUGAACUUUUAUUGAAAAAAGAUCCAGAAGAGCGUGCUAGCGCCAAAUCAACAUAUUUACAAAUGAANAAAAAAUCCGAUGCAUGGGCAGCCGGUGUCAUGUUCUAUGUCUUGUUUUUCGAGAGAUUUCCAUGGAAGAACGAAUUCGAAUACGAAAAUUUCUGUAAUAGUCCACAUGCAAGAGAUAUUAUUGUCCCACGUGAAGGUGGCUACAAGGCAAUUAUUGAACUUUUAUUGAAAAAAGAUCCAGAAGAGCGUGCUAGCGCCAAAUCAACGUAUUUACAAAUGAAGGGACACCCAUCAUUGAGUAUUAUCAUCAAAAUAUUUCACGAAAAUUUCUGUUCUGUUGACAAUGUAUGUUUUAUGCAAGUGCCAAUCGAUCUGCGACAGGAACUCAGUAAACUUCCUCGAUCUGCCCAUCGCAAUCCUGCAGCUAAUCCGCCGGCAUCAACGAUAUUGACUUCAGUUUUCGGUGCACGCCGUCCGUGUAGAUACGGUCGAGCAUGCUACAAUUUUGAACGUGAUCACCGCAAAGAGUUUGCACAUCCAGGUGAUUCAGAUUACCGUGUGAGCGGUAGUAAUCAACAGGAUGAAAAACUCAAAUGUCGUUAUGGAGCGGAUUGCUUCAGACAUGAUUCCGAGCACCGAAAUAAAUAUGUCCAUCCAGAAGAAAUAGAUCCAGGUCUGUUGAAAAAAGUGAAGUGUCGAUAUGGAAGAGCGUGUUAUGAUAAAACAAUCGAUCAUUUAAGGACAUAUUCACAUCCUGAUGACUUCCACAAAGAAAAAUGUCGCUACGGAACUCGUUGCUAUAAAACGAAUGAUCGGGAACAUAUGGCGAGAUUCUGGCACUAA